UUUAUUAAAAUUUUUCAAAUUUAUUGUAUAUUUUUCCAAAUAGAUAUUUUCAGUUUGAUGUAAUAGAUAGACUCAGUAUGCCUUGCUGCGAUAAACAUGAUUUGGAGAAAUCUGCUUACAAAAAUUGCAACAACUAUCAGAAAAAUCAAUCACAUAGAAGCUGCUGCAACUCUUGCUGCAAGUAUAAAGGUCAAAGACAAACUAAAAGGGAAUCUGCUUUUGUGUCAAUUGAAUAUGGCUCUCCCAAAACUUCAAAUUUGAUGCGCGAGAAGAGAUAUAAGCCAAAAAAGAAGAGACAACAGAUUUGCCAAACAGGCCAGCAAAGAAUGAACAAUCAGAUGCAGCUCUGCCAGCCGGAAAUAUGUGAGUCUUGCUCCAAACCUGUGACCUAUUAUGCAUUCAAAUGCUGUGGAUGUGGUUGUCAGUGUUUUGAUUCCAAGCAACAUACGUACGUCAUUGGUCCCAGUAUGACUUGCUAUGGUAACAACGAAAUUCGCGAUAUGACUGUGAAUAACUUAAAUUACACGAACUAAUAAAAUCCGUUUUGGUGAAAUUCUUUAAA